AUGGGCAGACUGUAUUUGGGUGAGAAUUGGGAGCUGCCAAUCAUGUUUGAUAUUGAGAACUGGGUGUUGCUUCCAAAUGAGUCUUGUGUUAGAGUGAAAAUUGGGAGUAUAGAGACAGAGGCAUCCACUGACUUCAAGCUCGCCAUUAACCCAGAAGCUAUUGUGUGGCCCAAGCAGUUUAACAAGACUGUGCCUCACUCCAGGUGUACCAAAAGCUGUCGCCCGGGAUAUGCCAAGGUGGUUCAAGAAGGAGAGCCGGUUUGCUGCUACGCUUGCAUUGCGUGUGUGGAAGGGACCAUAUCUACACAGGAAGAUGCAGAGCGUUGCACCAAAUGUCCAGAAGAACAAAAUUCAAACAAGGACCGAGAUCACUGCAUUCCCAAGAUUAUCACCUUCCUAUCGUAUAAAAAAUAUUUAGGGAUCCUCCUGGCUUUCUUGGCCCUCUUCCUGUCCUUAUCCACAAGCUUCGUGUUAGGAAUCUUCAUUAAAUACAAGGAAACUCCCAUAGUCAAAGCCAACAACAGGGACCUCUCCUAUAUCCUCCUCGUCUCCCUCCUGCUGUCCUUUUGGUCCUCCUUCCUCUUCAUUGGCCGUCCCACGAAAGUCACCUGCCUCCUUCGACAAACAGCCAUCAGCACCAUCUUCUCGGUUGCUGUAUCUUCUUUGCUGUCAAAAACCAUCACUGUGGUGCUGGCCUUCUUGGCCACAAAGCCAGGGAACAGGGUGAGGAGAUGGCUGGGGAAGAGUCUAUCCAACUCCAUUGUCAUUUCCUGUUCCAGUGUCCAAAUGGUCAUUUGCAUCAUUUGGCUGGGGAUGUCUCCCCCAUUCCCAGACUCCGACAAGCAUUCCCAGGCUGGAGAGAUCACCCUGCAAUGCAAUGAAGGGUCUGUUGCUAUGUUUUAUGCUGCCCUCGGUUACAUGGGCUUCCUAGCUGCCAUCUGCUUCACGGUGGCUUUCCUGGCGAGGAAGCUGCCUGGGGCCUUCAAUGAAGCUAAGCUGAUCACUUUCAGCAUGCUGAUCUUCUGCAGUGUUUGGGUGUCCUUUGUGCCCACCUAUCUGAGCACCAAGGGGAAGUACAUGGUAGCCGUUCAAGUCUUCUCUAUCUUGGCCUCUAGUGCUGGGCUUCUGGGCUGCAUCUUCAUUCCCAAAUGCUACAUUAUUGUCCUGAGGCCUGAUCUGAACACAAAGGAACACCUGACAAUAAAAACUAAAGAAUCAUAG